GCGCCAGAACCCUUCAUUUGACAAAUGCUGUGGGCAGCAACACUUUGCUUCUUGCUGGUCUCGGCUAGAGGCGUACUUGCUGGCUUAUGGCUAGGAGGAACAAGUCCCUAUAUAGAAGGAGUGCCAAUUUUCCUCUACUCAAAUUCAACUUCACUAAACAAUGUAGACACGAGUGCUGAAUAUCCCGAUAUUAGAGAACUCAUUCCGUCAACUAAUCAAACGGUCUCCUCUAAUGGUCUCACUGGCUUACUUUAUGACCGAGGGUAUUCUUGCGUACAAAAUCCUCCAGAAGCUCUACCUGGUCUUCCAGCCCCUUUCAACAAUGGAACUAAGAUUGCGCUUAUUAGGAUAGGACAAUGUUCACUUGUGCAAAAGGUUCUGCUUGCCCAGUAUGAUAACGCUAAUGCUACUAUUAUCUACAUUAAUGGCGAAUUUGAUAGUGAAACCAACCAGCUCAUGGAUAUUCCACCAGGCAACAUCACUAUUCCCACAUUUCUAGUAGGCGGCGCUGAUGGCUUGAUGUACUUGAAUGCUAUCAAAACCCUAUCCCACUACAAUAACAGUCUACCCAACAACGUAACUGUCGAUAAAGCCCUCAAGGUUACUAUGUAUCCAGCGGUUGGUGUUUUCCCGAAUACAUGGGAAUUUACACUGAUCAUUGUGGUUUCCUUGCUCGCCGCUAGCUUUAUAGUAUCUGUUAUACUUCACUGGCAUCUAUGGCGUGUUCGUCGCAGACAGCGCGCCCUAAUUGAACAGGGCAUAGUUCUUACUCAAACCAGUGCUUCCAUCAUACCGCAAGAUAAAACGUUGAUAGACCCAUCUCAAUUGGAAAUUUUCCCUGCCCGGAUCGUAGGAGAUGAUGACCAUGAAUCACAACCACCUACAGAGGAAGCGGAGACGAAUGCCGACAUGACAGAGAGACGUUUAUCGAGACGAGUAUCGCUUCUUUCUGUGCGAUCGAAUCGGUCGACCAGAUCUGCACAUGCUCUCGAAAAUGCUGAAGCCUUAGCUGCAUGUUCGGAAGGGGACCUACCACAAGCAGCAAAGGCAGCCUUAAUGAUACCAGCAGAGGGUGAUGAUCAGGCGAAAGACGCAGAUGACCAGGAGGAAAACAAACCCGAUCUAUCCACAAACAACAACAAUGAACGAGAAGUCUCUCCACCAAAUGUAAAUGUACUGAAUUCCACAAAUAUAGCACAAAGUCAACCUGAUGCUAUGUGCGUUAUUUGUCUGGAUGAUUUUGAUAAAGGAGAAAAAGUUAGAAGGCUUCCUUGUGGACACGAGUUCCACUGUGAAUGCAUAGAUCCAUGGUUGACCGUCAAGUCGGCUUCCUGCCCGCUUUGUAAACACGAUUGUUCAUUGAGCGUUCCACGCACGGAGUCUAAUGAGAACAGCCAAACUCCGCAACUCCCACCACAGGCAGCAGCUUCUAAUUCUCGAUUCCAAAGCUUCUUCUCUUUGACGCCAACCUCUAGCCCCUCCUCCUUUGGUCCAACCAUCACUGCUGAUAAUGCAGCCGAAUUCAGUCAAUCCUGGAUGGCCCGCAGUCUUCCAAGAAAUAUGAGACGACAGCUGGAAGCUGCCUCGGCCGCGAUCAAUGGGCCUACCAUGGAACUCCCGGCGCGAAUGACUGGAAAUCCAAACCCACCCGUUCAAAAUAGAGAUCUUGAGGCAAACUCUUCACAGGAAGGACCUCCUAAUCGGCUGGCAAGAGUUAAAGGACAAGUGGGCUAAGGUCCCUUUUCCAGAUUUUGUACUGUAUAUUGCUCCACUAUAUUAACACCAUACCCGAAAGAAAUAAAGACAAAAUAUCUACAUAUGUGAAUCGAAGAGAUCUUCAGGUCGUUAUGUCUUUGUUAUUG